AUGAACUCUCUAAAGAAAAAGAAGCAAGACAUCCUCUGGGGCAAAAAAUGGAGGAACCUUAUACAGCAGAAGGCAAUUAAGGAAGAAAUGAACAAGCAGCUGAAGGCCUCUCUGGAGAAGCAAAAGCAGGAGGAGGAGGAGAAGGAGUGCACCUUCAAGCCGCAGACCCUGUGGAACCAGAGCUUUAAGAAAACGAUUUCCUUCGUGGACGAGUUCUUCGUCAAGCUGAAGCCGUACAUAGAGCAGCAGCAAGCCUACCUAAACCAGCUGAAGGAGCUCGAGCGGGACGACGAACUAUUCGCGCAAAAAAUUAAGGCAAGCGAGGAGCAUACGCGUGAAGAACUGCGAAGUAUGCUGGCGAAGGCAGUCGACAAAGACGUGAUGGAAUCCAUCAUCGAGGGAUACAAAGGAGUCCGCACCAGAGGGAUAAACAAAGUGAAGAGAGAGAGACUAGACAUCCUAUCCAAAAUGAUAAAGCUAGAAAGGACCUACAACUGUUUCAUGGCAAAAGAAAAUGUAGAUAAGAGGGACGUAGGAGAGUGUGGGUUUGAUUGUGACUUGGCAGCCAAGUUAAGAAAUGAUAUUUUGAAAAACUCCCUGUGCCCAAAUUCGUUAAGAGAUUUUGCUCGGAUCCGGUUGGAGAUCAAUCAGGUGCUGGAGGAGGAGCUUCACAAAAGGGAAAACGAAAAGGGGGGCUUGGCUUACCCUACUAAGGAGGACAGCAAUGCGUUUUCGCGGAGUGAGGAGGAUUACACGAGUAGGUACGCUGCCUUUGUUAACAGCUCGAAGGGGACUUCCCAGGAGAGUCUCCCCUGUGGGAGUGACAGUAGGGAGGCGGAGGGUGGAAUUGUGCCAACGGGGGGGCCGUACGAGGGGGGCGACUUGGAUGGCUCCUUCGCUGCCAACUUGGGCGGCGACUUGGAUGGCUCCUUCACUGGCUCCCUCGCUGGGCCGCCCCCCCCCAGGAGUGUGGCACACGGCUCUUCUUCCAUCUAUGCGGAUGGCCAAAUGGGCGGAUCUGGGAGAAGUGGCCCCCAACCGCAUGGAGCAACGUGGGAGCCCUCCCCCCCAAUGGGAGGCACCAUCUACCCAAUGGGAGGCACUCACCACCCAGUGAAUAGUGUAGACCCCCAGAAGCGGAGCAACAAAAAUGUGUACCUGAACAGCAACUACACGGCAAUUUUAAAAAACGAAGACGCACACAGGUACGUCUCUUCUUUGCAAAAAGAUUUGGACUCAGUCAAAGUCAUAAUUAUGAGUGACAAUGCUGUGAAGAGAGUCAUCAGUGGGGGGGGUGUUACGAAGGGGAGCGGUGGAGGAAGCUUUGCCAAGUCUCCCCUGAAGAGUGGCGCCUACUAUGGGAGGGAGAAGCUGACGUGCAUGGAUCCAAAUAAUAUGAACAGGUCAGUCAGUUUUGGCCAAGCGCAGCAGGGAGGGGGUAGUGUGGCCCACCACCUGGGGGGAAGCCCCGAACGGAAGAACACCAGGUACGUGGACAAGAACGUUGGCAGCAUGAGGAAUGGCAACCACUUUUUCCACGUCAAUGGGGUGAAAGAUAAAAAGGAGGAAGUCGCCCACCAAAGGGAGCCUCUUUUCAGAAACAAUCUGGUUCAUGCUGCGCAGGGGGGCGUCCCCUCGGUUGCAUCACCAGUUGGUGCGUCAGCAGUUGGUGCGUCAGCAGUUGGUGCAUCAGCAGUUGGUACUUCCACCAUUGGUACUUCUGCAAUCGGCGCUUCUCCCUUCGACGCCUCCCACUUGGGCGCUCCUGCCCAUCGUGGGGGUGACCCCGGGAGGCCCCUGCUUCGGAAGAUAAUGGACAAGUUUGCCGUCUUGUAG